AUGGACGGGGAUGAUACGAUUCAUGCGAGAAUCGCCAACUAUGAGAUUCCGGCCUAUUUUGGGACUACCGCUGGGUUUCCGGAGUGGAAGAAGGGGGGGAGGAAGGGACGGAGGCAGGAGCCAAGGGUGGUGGAUUUGGUUUUUAAUGAUUUUAUCAACGAUGAUCUACUUGCCGCACUUGGGGGGAACUACACGGCGGACGACAUCAAGUUUUACAUGGAGCCAUCAAACUACACGCUGAGAGACUUCUUGGUGCCAUAUGUGGAACAAAACUGGCAGGCGGGGAUGCCGAUGUGUGAGAUUUCAGGGAGAAGGCCUCACGUUGGGUGAACGGGGGGGGGCAAAGUUUUAUUAAGUUUUUGUGUUCUUUUUUAUUUUUUGGGUGACGUUGAUGGGAGUGAAAAAGUAGGUACAGAAAAGCUGUGCGAGAUAUGACUUUGAAUUGUGUUAAUUUACGGAUGGGAAAAUCGAAGGAGGACGGCGA